AUGUCCUGCCAGCAGAACCAGCAGCAGUGCCAGCCCCCGCCCAAGUGCCCCUCAUCCAAGUGCCCCCCAAAGAGACCAGCACAUUGCCUGCCUCCAGUCUCCUCUGGCUGUGCUCCAAGCCAUGGGAGCUGUGGCCCCACCUCCGAGGGCGGCUGCUGCCUGAGCCACCACAGGCCCCACAGGUCCCACCGAUGCCGGCUUCUGAGCUCCGACUCCUGCGAAGGGGGCAGUGGUCAACAAGGAGGGGGCUCUGGCUGUGGCCACGGCUCUGGAGGCUGCUGCUGA